ACCACAGGCAAUGGCCGCAGCGGAAGCAGCAGCCCCUAGGACGGAAGCGGCGUACGGCGUACCUAAAGCGGAAAGGCUGGACCAGCCGGCUGUACCGGGCGGCGUACAGGAAGCGGAAAGGCUGGACCAGCCGGCUGUCCCUGAAGCAGCUCCGAAGGUACCAGCCACCACAGUGGGGAGCAGCACCAGAGGCGGUGGCCACAGCGGAAGCAGCAGCACCUACGGCGGAAGCGGCGUACCUAAAGCGAAAAGGCUGCACCAGCCGGCUGUCCCUGAAGCAGCUCCGGAUGUACCAGCCACCACUGUAGGGAGCAGCACCAGAGGCGGUGGCCGCGGUGGAAGCAGCAGCCCUUACGACGGAAGCGGAAAGGCUGCACCAGCCGGCUGUCCCUGAACCAGCUCCGGAAG